AUGGGGAAUCCGCUGUCUCCAGCAUUGGCUGAUCUUGUAAUGACCACAUUACUUGACGAUGUGCUUACCAAGAUCGACAUCACAGUUCCGUGCAUCAAAAAAUAUGUCGACGAUUUGUACACCGCUCUUCCAGCAGACAAGAUUGAGUAUGUAAAGAAUGCUCUCAAUAGCUUUGACUCGCAUAUUCAAUUCACCUACGAGUCAGAAAAAGACAACCGAUUACCAUACUUAGAUAUGAUUCUAAUAAGAACCGGAGAACAAAAAAUUCUCACUGAUUGGUAUCAGAAAUCUGUAGCGUCGGGCAGAAUUUUGAACUUUUUCUCACUCCACCCGCUGGUACAAAAAUUAAACACGGCCACCGGCUUCAUUGGAAGGGUAUUUCAGUUAUCCACGAGCAAAUCGACCGAUGAGAAAAAGGCAAUUGUACGCAAGCAAUUGCUUACUAACAACUAUCCGAGCUCACUGAUCAACCGGCUGAUCAAUAGGUUUAUCAACCAAAGUGGACAAAAUUGUGAAGAAGUGAACUCGGAGGAAAAAGUAUAUCGAUCGUUGCAUCAUGUCGAUGCCCUCACCCCUGCAUUGGCAAGAAGUAUUAAACAAAACUUCAAAAAUGUCACUCUAAGUUUCAAAUGCGCCAAAACCAACAGAUUACUAUUCACGAAACUCAAAGAUUCCUCACCGCAUCUUGCAAUGAGAAACGUAAUUUACCGUAUUCCAUGCGCUGACUGUGAUAGUGCUUAUAUUGGUAUGACUACACAGCAGCUGAAAAAUCGGAUCGCCGGCCACCGCUCUCUCAUCAAACGCUAUGAAGAGUAUAAAACCUCAGACACGGAGCGCACGGACAGAGACGAGGAAUUCAAAAAGACUGCGCUAAUGAAACAUGCGAUCGAGGAACAACACAACUGUAGCAGCUGUGUUGUAUCAUAUCUGCUGGGCGAUAUCUACUUUCGAAUUACUUCACCUCUGCGAAAUCUGAAUAUCGAUAAGGAUGACACCGUCCGUUGCUAUAGCUGCCAUUGUACAGGUUAA